UGACUGGUGCGCUGCUGUUGCAAUACAGAAGCUCAAAAGAAUAACUGAAGACAAAAACAAGCAAUGGCCUCAAUGUCAAUGGCAAUUGUUUCCUUGAAAAACUACUGCUCUUGCAAUUACAAUUGUACCCUUAGAAAUAACAACAUCACCACUAUUACAAGCUUCAAGUUGAGAUUACCAUUCUCUUCUAAUUAUAAGGGAAAAAAAAGAGUUCUUGAACACGUUUUCAAGCCAAUAUCUGCAGUUGGCUCAGGGCUGGAGACAACAUUCACUGAUCCAAAGGACAAUGCUAUAACAUUAAAGAAUGCUAAAGUAGUUGUAGAGUCGAUGCAAGAAAACAAAAUUCAGCUGAGAGUGGACUUGUCCGGAGAUGAGACAGAAAUUGUUUUCAGCAAGGUUUUGGCAAACUUGGCUCGCACAGCUCCACCAAUUCCUGGCUUUAGGAGGGAAAAAGGAGGAAAAACAUCAAAGGUUCCUCGGGAUUUCCUUCUACAGAUUCUUGGUGAAGAGCGUGUCACCAAGUUUGUUAUACAAGAAAUAGUUAGCUCAUCAGUUGCAGAUUAUGUGAAGAAGGAAAAUCUGAACGUGAAAGAGAACAAAGUUAACACCGUGCAAGAGGCAGACGAACUCAAGAAGCUGUUUAUACCAGGAAAUGACUUUGGAUUUAAUGCUGUUCUGGAGCUUGAGGAAACCAAAACUGAAACAUCAAGCUGAGAUUACUCAGAUUUCAUAGAGCAUAAUUUCGACAACAAUUUAAUUCUCUAGCAUCUCAGAAUCAUUUGUUAAUUUCUUCAUUACAUUUGACCACCACAAUGAUUGUCCAUUAUUAAAAUAUAAAUGUUCAAAACGAAUAACAAUUUGCAUA